GGAAACGUUAAGGCACAUAUUACGGAUUGGUUUAAAAGUUUUCAAUCAUUAAAAAAUGUCGGUAUCGAGAGACAAACUGAUGCAGUAUCUAAAAAAUUGACCUCACCGAAUUCUGCAGAAAUUUUACCAAGAUUACAGCAUAAGGAUUCCCAAAGUCAAAAAACAGAAAACGUUAUAUCUCGACAUUCUCCAAUCAUAUCAUAUCAUCCACCACACCAUUCCGUAGUAAAACCUAAACCUAAUAUAAAUGCUAAUUUUUUAGAUAUUACCAGAUCGUUUAAAAAUCUAGAGAAUGGUCUUUUAGACGUGCUUAAUAACAAUAAACAAUGGGCAAAUUCAGUGCGACUACAAGACUCAGAGUUCUUUAAAAACUUAUCAAAUGGACAAGAGCCAAAAUUAUUUUGGAUCGGAUGUUCAGAUUCUCGUGUACCGGCAGAAAUUAUCACCAAAUUGGGAUUUGGGGAAAUAUUUGUGCACAGGAAUAUCGCAAAUCAAUUUAAAGAAGAUGAUACUAAUUGUUUGUCUGAAUUAGAAUUUGCGGUCCAUAAUUUAAAAGUUGAACAUAUUAUAGUCUGUGGUCAUACUAAUUGUGGAGGUAUCCAAAAUGUCUGUAAUGACCAUCUUCAUAAAUAUCUAAAAAUUUGGUUAUCUGACAUACGUAAAAUUAAAGAUUCACACCCUGAACUUUUUCCUGAUCAAAUUACUGAAUCAAAAUUGAACAAAAGUGAAAUAAAACUCAUUCAUAAAAAAUUAGUAAGUGUUAACGUAAUUAAUCAAGUAAAUAAAAUUUCUGAAAAUAUUAUUGUUAAAGAAGCGUGGAAAGAUGAAAAGCGAAAAUUGGCUGUUCAUGGAUGGAUUUUUAAUUUGGAGACUGGACAUUUAGAAGAUUUAGAAUAUUCUUUCAGUUACACGCCUUCAUUCAAUGGAUCUUACAAUGACGGUGAUAAUACUGGUGGUUUUACAACUGAUUAUGCUAGUGGUUCACACGAUCCAAAGCCCUCCAGUGAUCGAAAAAGAAGCGUUCGCCACGUAACCAUUAAGCAACUUCUCAAUGCUGCUACUCAACAUUCCGAUUCAGAUUAUCUGAUCGAUGGUCAUAAAAUUGAUAUUAUAUGCAUUAUUGGCACAGUUAGAGAUAUGAAUGUAUCGAGUCAGAAUGUCAUUGAAUAUAAAAUAGAUGAUGGUACCGGUUUUAUGGAUGCAAAGAUUUGGUUUGAAUCUGAAGAAAAAAAAGAAAAUUCGGCUGCUUAUAAAAUCCAAAUCGAUUCUUAUAUUUGUGCAUAUGGUAAUCUAAAAAAUUUCAAGGGAAAACAUUUUUUAAAUUGCAUACCAUACGGUCUUCGUGUAGUCGAAGAUUACAAUGAAAUCAGCUGUCAUCUAUGCGAAGUAGUUUAUGAACAUCUAUCCUUAAUUCGUUCUGAUAGUGGCGCUGGUUUUCAACAAAGUUCAACAACCGAUAACAACAACAAUUAUGUCGGUAAUUCUCAUGUUUUAUCAGACCCUUUACACACUGAGAUACGUGAAUUUGUUGUCAAGAACGGUGAUGCACAUAUGGGUCUUCCAAUUGAACGUAUCUGUGGUGCACUUGGUUUUCAAUACGGGUCUGAUAGUAAGAUCAAGGAAGCGAUUGAGACUAUGAUAUCUGAAGGCAUACUCUACAACACUCAAGAUGAUAACUAUGUCGCAGUCUGUGGAAUUUAA